GACGUGAGUGAGCGGAAAGUUUCCUUUGAGUGAGCGAGUAGAGGAUAUGGGAGGAGUUGACGUCUCCUGAAAACAUACUGUUGCUCUCUCUGAAAUGUUACUUAAUGUAACACCGACUCAGUGCAGUGGGAAUGUCUACUAGAGAGACUGUCACUUUAUUUACAAACAUGGACAGAAGCCUCGUUUAGGUGUGUCCUUCGUCACUACCGAUAUCUUUAACCCUGUUUGGGAUUUAUUUGGAAUAUUUGGAGACUUGAAGCCAUUGUCUAGAUGGAAGAAGAAGAGGCGCCGCUACUGACGAGCAGCAUUAAGCGGAGCUCAGGUGAUUAUGGAUCUCACGAUGAAGGUCAACAUGAUCAACAUGAAGAAUCACCAGGAUCAAGGCGACUGUCUUAUUCAGCUACUGACGACUCGUACCAUGUGCACGAGGAUGCAGAUGCAGACCUCUAUAUCCAGCAAGCCGCUGUAUUUAUUGAAGAUGCAAUUCAGUAUCGAUCCAUUAAUCACAGGGUAGAUUCUGGGUCCUUACGGUUGUAUAGAUGUUAUUAUUCCAAAAUAUGUCAGUGGGCAUUGGGGUUCACGAUUGCUGUUGUACUGGCACUGGCUUUCAUUGAGAGACCCUCCUCUCUGACUUACACCUCGGACAUUCGUUUCAAACCCAAACCCUGGGAGCCACCCUGUGGACUGACGGAGGGGAUCGAGAUGGUCUGCCUUUGUAUCUUCAUCUUAGAUUUCACUGUGAAGAGUUAUCUGAUAGGAUGGGAGGAGUUUCGUAUGAACAAAUGGCUGAUUGGUUAUGUAGUAGUGAUUACAGCAUCAGUUAUUGAUUGGAUGUUGAGUGUUAGCAUGCUGUGCAAUGAGAAUUUAAGAGUCAGGAGACUAAUUCGACCAUUUUUCCUCUUGCAAAACUCUUCCCUUAUGAAGAAAACUCUAAAAUGUAUCAAAAGGACUCUUCCAGAAAUAGCAAGUGUUAUCCUGCUUUUGGCAUUACACAUCUGCUUAUUCACCAUGAUUGGAAUGCUGAUCUUUUCCAAAUCAGAUGACCCUAAGAAGAAUGGAGAAUGGGAAACCUACUUCAAAAACAUGCCAAAGGCCCUGUCUUCUCUGCUAGUGCUGCUAACAACAGCCAAUAACCCAGACGUCAUGAUUCCAGCAUACUCUCUGAACCGUGCCUAUUCUAUCUUCUUUAUACUCUUUAGUGUGUUUGGAACAUAUUUGUUAAUGAAUCUAAUGACGGCAAUUAUUUAUAACCAGUUCAGGGGAUAUUUACUGAUGUCGAUUCAGACGUCUAUAAUCAGGAGGCGUCUGGGUAUUCGGGCUGCAUUCGAGGUGCUGUGUUGUCCAGGCCGAGGGCACACCAGCACUCAGUCUGAAGGCCAUGUGGAGCAAGUGGCGGUGAACAUGUUUCUGCAGGUCAUGGAUAGAGUCCACAUGAAGUCUUACUGCAGACAGGCUAUCAUUAAGGCGGCUCAGGAAUUCCCAGAUGGCUUCAUUAAUGGCGAGACCUUCCAGAGGCUUUUUACUGAGCUGGAUAAAGAUUUUAUGAAAGAGCAUCCACCAAAACCGGAGUACAGUUCUCCUAUCCUGCAGCAGAUCCAGUAUAUGUUCGGUCACUUUUAUAUUGUUGUACUGGGGAACGUUGUCGCUCUUGCAAAUGUCAUUUGUAUUUGUACUGUCUUGGUUCUGAAUUCAGAGAAAUCUGCCUCAGAGAAAAAUAACUUCUAUAUGGAGAUCCUGAACUGUAUUUUCAUCCUCUACUAUUUAAUUGAGAUGCUGCUGAAAAUAGUGGCUUUUGGUUGGAAAGGUUACCUGUCUUACAGGAAUAACAUUUUUGAUGGAUUCCUCACUGUUCUUCUUCUGGCAAUUCAGAUCGCCAUAUUCAUCACCUACAGGAUUCCAAAUGAGGACAUGGAUCCGGAUCAAGGACGUGUGAUAGUUUUGUGGGAGAUGGUGCGACUGGUCAACAUGUUGAUUGUUUUCCGUUUCCUCAGGAUCAUUCCAGAAAUCAAGUUGAUGGCCGUGGUGGCCAGCACUCUUGUGGACCUGGUGAAAAACUUACGGGCAUUUGCUGGCAUUCUACUGGUGGUGUACUAUGUGUUUGCAGUUCUUGGCAUCUGGCUUUUCAAGGGAGCCAUAACACCUCCAUUAAACAUGAGUCUAAUCUCCAACUACAGCAUAGAAAACAAAACGGAUGGCCCCUUCAGCAUGGAUUGUGGCACUUUUGAACAGCUGGAGUACUGGCCCAACAACUUCGAUGAUUUCGCUUCCUCUCUGGUUCUGCUCUAUAACAUCAUGGUAGUGAAUAACUGGCACGUUUUCACGGAUGCAUACAGCAGAUACACUACAGAGUGGUCCUUAGUGUACUUUGUGGCCUGGUGGUUGACAUCUUCAGUCAUGUGGGUCAACCUAUUUGUGGCACUCAUUUUGGAGAACUUCACCUAUAAGUGGGACCGCAGCAAUGCUCUCUCUGUCGAGGAUGUGGAGAGAAUUGCCUAUCAAAGCACUGUACAGCUUAUUUUCAGAGAGCAUGUCCAAGAGCCAACAGAAGAAGAGUUACUAACUCAACUUCAACAACAUCCUCAUCUGCACCUCUCCCGGUGACCCUAAACUCACCCCCCUCACCUCCAAACUCACAGGACGCCUUUAAUUCAUAAUUACACCAAAACACCCAGAAUCCUUCACGACUGCAUCUUGUCUGUGUAGGCCUUAUGUUUACAUAUCCAUCCAUUUUGGAGGGCCUGUUUCCCAUUAUAGGAGCUGUGUUGCUUCAGGUCAGCCUGGGAAAGGAUGUAUGUGUUUUUAACAGAGCGUCACACAGUUAAUGUUUGGAGGAACUUUGAUUUAUAAAGAGGCUUUAGCUCAAGUCACUCCUGCUGCUGGAGUCCCAGAGUUUUUAUUGUAUGUUGAAGACAACCUGUAAAUUACAGUAGUGUUCAUGACCUAAUGUCUGGAAGGAAUUCAUUCUUUAUUUCUUUUUUUUUCUUUUUUGAGAAACCAAACACAUUUUUUCCUGAAUUUUAUGAUAUUAAUAUUUUUAUUUAUUUUUGUAAGCCUACUACAAUCACCAAAAAAAAAGAAAAGAAAAAAAAAAUCUAUAGAUUGUUUUAAAAAUAGUGGAAACAAAGGGACAUAACUCAUUACGGUGUUAAAUAUUUUUAGCUGUUUUAUUAAUUUGUAGAUUCUGUAUUUUUGACUGUGCCAUUAUGUUUGUUCAGUGCUUUUAUUUAUAUUAGAUUUUACUGUAUAUUUUACAGAAAUCGGUAUGGGUAAAUCUCUCAAAAACUGUUAAGAAAUGUUUUCAGAUCAUAUUUCACCCACCAAAAAAUAAACUAGGAAGGGAAAUUGAUUAAUUUUACUGUAAUGUGAUAUGAUAUGGGCAGACUGGUUAGAGAUGACAGAAAGGCAACAGUAACUCAAACACUCGUUACAACCAAGGUAUGCAGAAUACCAUCUCUGAAUGCACAACACGUCGAACCCUGAAGGAGAUGGUCUGGAGCAGCAGAAGACCACACCUGGGGGGCCGCUCCUGUCAGCUAAGAACAGGAAACGGAGACUACAAUUACAACAGACCUGUUUAAAGUUUGCCAAUGAACAUCUUAAUGAUUCUCGGCUUGGGAGAAAGUGCUGUGGUCAGAUGAGACCAAAAAUUAGUUCUUUGCCAUUAACUCGACUUUUCGUGUUUGGAGGGAGAGAAAUGCUGACUUUGACCCCAAGAACACCAUCCCUGCAGUCAAGCAAGGGUCAAAUGGAUGGGGCCAUGUACUGUUAAAUCUUGGAUGAGAACCUCCUUCCCUCAGCCAGAACAAUGAAGAUGGGCCAUGGAUAGUCUUCAAGGAUUACAAUGACCCUAAACAUACCACCAAGGCAACGAAGGAGUGAAUCAUGAAGAAGCACAUUAAGGUCAUGGAGUGGUCUAGCCGGACCUCAAUCCUAUAGAAAAUCUGUGGAAGGAGCUGAAACUUACCAAAUGACAACCAAGAAACCUUAAGGAUUUAGAGAGAAUCUGGAAAGAGGAGUGAACCAAAAUCCCUCUUGAGAUGCGUGCAAUCCUGGUGACAAAAAAAAAAAGAAGAAAAAAACGUCUUAACUCUGUGCUUGCCAACAAGGGUUUCUGCACCAAGUACUACAGUAAGUUAUGUUUUGCUCGGGGAUCAAAUACUUAUUUCACUCACUGAAAUGCAAAUAAAUUUCUAACCUUC